CAAUUUAGAACCAGUCAUAGGUAUUUUUAUAAAACCAUUUUAUGGACAAAACCAAUCCAAAGCAGGUUGAUAGUACAGUAGAUAAAGCCAGUCUACUCGCAUCAAGCAGCCAUUUAAUGGGAUUGGAGAAAUUAGACAAUACAACUGACCCAUUAUUGGAAAAUGCAUUGAAAUCCACUACACAGACAAUCAAUAAAUUCAAUCUCUCUAUUGUUCCUAUGGACACUGCCAGUCAAGGUUCGACUCUCGAGUAUAUUUAUCUAUCAAUAUAUCACAAAGCUUACAUGCAAUUAAUGUCUUAUUCAUUGUACUUUAUUCCAGUAACGGAAAACCUCCAGCAAGAAAAAUCAACACUUGAUAUCACAGCAUUAUGCUCGACCCAGUCUAAUUUGAAUGUGCACAACCUCAAAGUCGAAACAGUAUCAUCACUUGUGCCGCCCAAUUUAUCAAAUCCCAACACAUCUGUAUGCUCUAUUCCUUGCACAGAGCCAGGACCAACCUCGACAUUAAAACCUAGUAAAUCAGUUGUUGCAUAUCUUCGUGGAAAUGAAAUUGCUCGAACAUCACCUCUUUUUAGUCAAUUCGAUGUUCCCAGCAAUCAACAGCGUGCUCAAUAUGCAAUUGCCGAGUAUUCGCCACAGUUAUCGGAUGAGAUCCAGAUUGUUUUUGGAGAUCGCAUUGUUGUGAGUCGAAACUUUAAAGAUGAGUGGGUUUUGGGCAAAAAUGAAACAACAGGCUUGAUAGGAGUGUUUCCCAAAAAGUGCUUGGGCCUUGAUGUAUGCAGUCAGUCCAACUCCAGCACACUACAACCAGCCUUAAAGUCCAUCCACCUGACCAGAUUAGGUAUUUCAUCGGGAUUUGCGGGGGAUUUAUCUCUUGGUAGAUGCUCAAUUUCAAAAACACCCAUACAGAUGCAAGGAGAAUCAGAUCCGAGUCAUUCCAACUUAAAACCAUACAACAACGAUGUUGGAGUUUUGCGCAAAUACAACAGACAUGAGCUACCAAGACUUGAUCAAAUGACCAAACCGCGAGUCUUGACACAAAAACAAAAAUGGAUGGUGCUGAUCGGCUCUUUUGUUUUUCUUUUGAUAAUAGUCUCGGUGGGGCUCAAUGUGAAGGCAACCAAGAUGCUUUAGAUUCUCCAUCAAUAGUAUUGUUACCAUUACUGUCAUUAUAAGGGCUGUGUGGACCUAAUAAAUAUUGAUAAAUCAUAUCU